CUAUAUCCACGCUGCCCAGCGGCGCCCACCUCGAUUCCCCCUUCUCCUCCACACCACCGCGCCUCACUAGCCUCGUGCCCUCGUAGCUGCCCUCGCGCGCCACCACCAUGCCGUCCGCCAUGAACAUGAUCACCGCCGCCUUCCGCCGAUACCUCGGCUGCUUCUCCGCCGGAUCAACCCACCGCCGCCGCCGCGGCGCCGCUGAACCCGUCCUCGCCGGCUCACUUACACUUCCCGCCGCCGCCGGCGGUGACAACGCGGCCAGGCGCCUUGAUGUCGUCGUCCCCGCCCCCAGCCGCCCUGAUGGUGUCACUGUGAGCGGCGAAGAUUUCAUCGGUAGCCUUCCUGGCCAUGUCCGCUCCGCCAUCGUGUCGCGCCUCCCGGUCGCGGACGCCGCCGCUCGCACCGGCGUGCUGUCGUCGUCGCAGUGGAACGGGCUCUGGUCGUCGACGCCGCUCGUGUUCCAGGACUCCGACCUCAUCCUCGCCGCGAACUUCACCAGCGUGGCCCCCGUCGCCGCCACCGUGUCCCGCGUCAUCGAGAACCACCCGGGCCCCUUCCACACCGUCACCCUGACCAGCUACUUCCCGGAGUCCGAGCGGGACACCUUCGCCGGCUGGAUCCGCGCCGUCGCCGCCAAGGGCGUCCGCGACCUCACCCUGCACAACAUCCCCUGGUCGGGCCUCCACGUGCUCCCCGCCGACCUCCUCCAGUGCUGCGCCGCCCUGGAGCGCCUCCGCGUCUGCGUCUGGCGGUUCCCGGCCACGGCCGGCGUCCUCCACCCCGGCGGCGGCGACGGCGACGGCGCCGCGCCGCCGUCGUUCCCGCGCCUGAGGGAGCUCGUCCUCAACAGGAGCGCCAUCGAGGAGGCCGACCUGGAGAACGUGGUGGCGUGCAGCCCGGCGCUGCGGACGCUGGUGCUCGCCUUCAGCCGUGGCGCGCCGGGGCGCGUCCGCCUCGCCAGCGGCAGCCUCCGGUGCGUCGUGCUGUGCCAGUCGCUGGUGGACGAGCUCGCCGUCGUCGCCGCGCCGCUGCUGGAGCGGAUCGUGCUGCGGUGGUGCGCGUCGGGCACCCACCACGGUCACCUCAUGAGGAUCAGGAUCAGCCGGGCCUCGUCGAUCAAGGCGAUUGGUUACCUCAAACCAACCUGUCAUGGCCUGCAUAUUGAUGCCACUGUUAUAAAGCCUGGGAUAACGGCUAGCCCCGAUGAAGUGGCUGUUCCAAGCGUCAAGAUAUUGGGUUUACAAGUUCGAUUUGGAGUUGCUGCGGAAGCAACGAUGGUGUCCUGCAUGCUCAGAUGUUUUCCUAACGUUGAAACGCUGCAUAUCAUGCCUAUCGAAGAUCCUCAGUCUACCCAGCUUGAUGACUUUGAGUUCUGGGAGGAGAUCAAUUCAGUUGAAUGUGUCAGAUCCAGCAUCAAGAAGGUAGUGUUCCAUGGGUUCUCCUGGAAGAAUUCUGAGAUAGCGUUCAUCAAUUCCAUCGCCGAAGGAGGACUGGUGCUCGAGAAGAUCUGUAUCUUCCAGAGUCGACAUGGUGCUGCCCCAGAUGAUGAUGAACUGAAUGCUAAGCUGAGCAUGGUAGCUUCUCUGAACAUCGGCCUUGGCCGUACAGAGAUCAUAUUUUCAGGUGAAGAUCCAACCUGGUGCUAUAGGGCGGCGGCUGAUCUUUCUCGUGCUGAUCCUUUUGAUUGCUGCCGUUGAAGAUCGAUGUCUCUGUGCUUUGAUCAUCUUCGUACUAUAUAUACAUUUUGUGCUUCAGAAUGUCACACAGUCUGCAAAGGUUGCUCAAGGUAGUUAUAUAGCGAAUAAAUAUGUGACAUCUGGAAAUUUUAUCAUGUGUGUGUACCAGUUAAAUUCUAUCCUGUGGUAUUAAUAAAUGGUACUGGCGAGGCAGUGUGCAACGCUUUGUACUGCUGGAUUGUGUUUUAAUUUCCUUGAGCUUCUUGUUUCUGUUGUACUGAAUGACAAUGAUUCAAUCUCAUGGAUUUCCAAA